UUCGGCUCGGCUCUUGGCUCUGGCUCUCAGUCCAGAGACUCUGACUGCGCUAAGUGCUGCCAGCUGUGCCAUAAAGACGGCGUCUCAUGUGAGAUAGCAGCCUCUGCCGAUUUGAUCCAAAGAGAUGAGGGAAUGGAUUCAAGCACCGUCGACACGGCAGUUGAACCCGGAUCAGUUCUCUCAGUCGAACUCCAACAUGUGAAAUUUGGUCACACCUGGAAAGAUGCACAAGACGUCUGCAGAAAAAAAGACAUGGACUUGGCCACCAUCUACAACCAGGCGCAUGCAGACAGCCUGUUCCUGAAGGACUAUAAAGCCUGGAUCGGUCUACACAGAAAAACACCAAAAAAGUGGGAGUGGAUUGAUGGAGGAAAUUAUACGUUCCAAUGGGCAUCAAAUGAAGGAAAUAAUAGUGAUGAAAACUGCGCUGUAAUCGGCUACAAUUACUACAACGACAAAAGGAUUUAUAGCAGAGCGUGUGACAUGAAAUCAUUCUCUGCGUGUCGGAUAAGAAACAGCAGCUCUAUAACCAUAGUACAGGAGAUGAUGACUUGGUCUGAGGCGAAGGUCCACUGCAUGAAAAUCAAUCAGGAGCUGGCAACUUUUACAAAGGAGGAAAUGACGUUUUUCAGUGAGCAAAACUUUCCCAUCUGGAUCGGACUUCACAGGAAUGACAGCUCAUGGAAAUGGAGUUCAGGCCUCAAGGAGGACAAAUACUGGAAAUUAGAGCUGAGUGACAACAAGGACUGUGUGACCAUCACUUCAAAAACAAAGACGCUGGCUGCCGAAAACUGCCAGACCCUCCGUCCGUUCCUCUGCAUGAAGGAAAACGUGAUCCUGGUAAAGGAGAAUAAGAGCUGGGAGGAGGCGUUUGAGCACUGCCGAGGCCUGGGAUCCAACAGCAACCUUCGCUUCAAUCUGCUCAGCGUGAAGCCUGGAGAUGAACACAAAUGUGUGGUGAACAGAAUAAAGGAGGCUGACACCAACGAGGUUUGGACUGGUCUGCGUUUCCUGGGAGAUAAAUGGCUGUGGAUAAAUGGGGAAGAUGUGCUGUACUCUGACCUGCUGAAAUGCCCCCCCCAGUGGCGGCGCUGUGGGGCCAUAUCUAAGAGCGACAGCAGUACCGUGGCAGCCAGAGACUGCCAAGAGAGAAAAAACUUCCUCUGCUACAGCUACUAAUGUCACCAAAAUCAUGUAAAAGCCUGAGUGUCUCUGCAGCAAACAUCCUGCAGAAAUGUCCAGCCAUCGUCUUGAAACUCUAGAUUCAGAAUAAGAGUUAACAGAAACAUGCAUAACUACAUAUCUAAGUUAUCAGUUAUUAGUCUUUAGUUGAAAGUUAAAUAAUCUGUCAGAGUUAGAGUGAAUGACUGACAGGAUUUUGCUGAUAGAAAUUUAAGGCAACCGAAAUACUGUACUGUCCUUAGAAAGUAUUCCGCAUGUCUUUUAAUUUGUUGUGUAAGUUUUUAAAAAUGCCUUUAUCUUUGGAGAAAGUGGCUAAAACUGUUUAAGUCUGUGAAUAAGUUGCUGUGGUCAUCAUGAUUUCUGUAAAAAGAGAAUAAAAAUGACUUUUCCAUCACACUUUUUCUAAAAGUCAGUAGUUAAAAAAUCUAUUUAUCUAAAGACUUUAAAAUUAGCAUAGAUUCAAACAUGAAAUAAAUGUUAUUAAUAAGUGAUGGUUGUGUUUCUCUUCAAUUUCCUUACUGUGCUCAAAUUUUCCACAGAAGUGUGUAUUGUACCAAUAAUGAAUCUCAUAAUAAGGAUCUCAUGUGUAAGAUUGAUCCUUAAAAGUGACCUUUUAUGCUUCAAACAUAUAAAAUUUUUUUCCACAAAAUAAUUUUUAGAUAAUUAGGUUUUUGUUUGGUCAGUUCUGCCUAUUUUGAGCUUCUGUUUUAGA